AUGUCCGUUACGUUGCACUUGAGAGCCGAGACGAAGCCACUGGAGGCACGCGCUGCUUUGACGCCGACAACGGUCAAGAAACUGCUCCAGAAGGGGUUCGAGGUGUACGUCGAGGACUCGCCGCAGUCGAUCUUCAACACGGAGGAGUACCGUCGUGCUGGGGCGAAGAUUGUCCCCGCUGGGUCGUGGAUUUCAGCACCAAGGGACAGAGUCAUCGUUGGGUUGAAGGAGAUGCCAGAGGAGGACAGGUUCCCCCUAGUGCACGAACAUAUCCAGUUUGCUCACUGUUACAAGAACCAGGAGGGGUGGAAGGACGUCCUGCAGAGGUUCGUCAACGGGAACGGUGUUCUGUACGAUUUGGAAUUUCUAGUGGACGACAGUGGGAGAAGAGUCGCCGCGUUCGGGUUCUACGCUGGGUUCGCCGGUGCCGCGUUGGGGGUCAUCGAUUGGGCGUUCAAACAGACACACUCCGAUGGGGAAGACCUUCCAGGGGUGACGCCGUACCCGAACGAAACUGCUCUCAUCAAAGACGUUAAAAAGGACCUUGACAUAGCGUUGAAGAAGGGUGCCAAGAAACCCACAGUGCUCAUUAUAGGUGCUAAAGGGAGGUGUGGAUCUGGGGCAGUCCAGUUGUUGCAGAAAGUCGGGAUCCCAGAUGAGAAUAUCUUGAAAUGGGAUAUCGCUGAGACCUCCAAGGGUGGGCCCUUCAAAGAGAUCGCACAGGCAGAUAUCUUUAUUAACUGCAUAUACCUCUCACAACCAAUCCCACCGUUCAUCAACUACGAUCUGUUGAACAGGAACGACAGAAGACUCAGAACCGUCGUAGACGUCUCUGCGGAUACAACAAACCCACAUAACCCGAUCCCCAUCUACGACGUCGCAACAGUUUUCGAUAAUCCAACGGUAAGAGUACCGACAACUGAAGGACCAAAACUGUCAGUGGUCUCGAUCGACCAUCUACCGUCCUUACUCCCCAGAGAAGCCUCCGAAUUUUACUCAGAGGACCUCCUGCCCUCGUUGGAACAACUGCCAAACAGGUACACUGCGCCAGUAUGGACAAGAGCAGAACAACUGUACAAUAGACACUGUGCCCGCGCUUACAGAGCGUCCAAGUUUUAG